CGGCGCCUGUUCCGGCGUGCUCUUGGAUGACGUGGCGGGGACGGCGGAAGCGGCGGCUCCUUUCCUCGGUGGCGGCGGCGGCGACGACAACGGGAUGGCGCUGGCCGGGUUCCUGUGGUGCGUGGCGGCCUUGCUGGUGUUGCAGGGCCGGGCUGACGAGCAUGACCACACGUACCAAGAUAAAGAAGAAGUUGUUUUAUGGAUGAAUACUGUAGGACCAUAUCACAAUCGUCAGGAAACUUACAAAUACUUCUCUCUCCCUUUUUGUGGUGGAUCUAAAAAGAGCAUUGAUCACUAUCAUGAAACUCUUGGGGAAGCACUUCAAGGAGUUGAACUAGAGUUCAGUGGUUUGGAUAUUAAAUUUAAAGAUGAUGUGAUGCAGACCACCUACUGUGAAAUAGAUUUAGAUAAACAAACAAGAGAUGCAUUUGUUUAUGCUAUCAAAAAUCACUAUUGGUAUCAGAUGUACAUUGAUGACUUGCCAAUAUGGGGUAUUGUUGGUGAAGCAGAUGAAAAUGGUGAAGAUUUUUAUCUCUGGACAUAUAAAAAGCUUGAAAUAGGUUAUAAUGGAAAUAGGAUUGUAGAUGUGAAUCUGACAAGUGAAGGGAAAGUUAAAUUGGUACCCAAUACUAAAAUCCAGAUGUCUUACUCUGUGAAAUGGAAAAAGUCAGAUGUGAAGUUUGAAGAUAGAUUUGACAAAUAUCUUGAUCCGUCUUUCUUUCAACACAGGAUUCACUGGUUUUCAAUCUUCAACUCCUUUAUGAUGGUUAUUUUCCUGGUGGGCUUGGUUUCUAUGAUUUUAAUGAGGACCCUGAGGAAAGAUUAUGCACGAUACAGUAAAGAAGAAGAAAUGGAUGAUAUGGAUAGAGAUCUGGGAGAUGAAUAUGGUUGGAAACAAGUUCAUGGAGAUGUUUUCAGGCCAUCUAGUCAUCCUUUAAUAUUUUCAUCCCUUAUUGGUUCUGGCUGCCAAAUCUUUGCAGUUUCUUUCAUAGUAAUCAUUGUUGCCAUGCUGGAAGAUUUAUAUACAGAGAGGGGAUCAAUGUUAAGUACUGCUAUUUUUGUUUAUGCUGCAACAUCACCAGUGAACGGCUACUUUGGAGGAAGCCUUUAUGCCAGGCAAGGAGGAAGAAGAUGGAUAAAGCAAAUGUUCAUUGGAGCAUUCCUUAUUCCUGCAAUGGUGUGUGGCACAGCCUUCUUCAUUAAUUUUAUUGCCAUUUAUUAUCAUGCAUCAAGAGCUAUUCCUUUUGGGACAAUGGUAGCUGUUUGUUGCAUCUGUUUUUUUGUUAUUCUUCCUUUAAAUCUUGUUGGAACAAUACUUGGACGAAAUCUUUCUGGUCAGCCAAACUUUCCUUGCCGAGUAAAUGCUGUUCCUCGUCCAAUUCCAGAAAAAAAAUGGUUCAUGGAACCAGCUGUUAUUGUUUGCCUUGGUGGCAUUCUCCCCUUUGGAUCAAUUUUCAUUGAAAUGUAUUUUAUCUUCACCUCCUUCUGGGCUUACAAAAUCUAUUACGUCUAUGGCUUCAUGAUGUUAGUUUUGGUCAUCCUUUGCAUUGUAACUGUUUGUGUGACAAUUGUGUGUACAUACUUUUUAUUGAAUGCAGAAGACUAUAGGUGGCAAUGGACGAGUUUUCUCUCUGCAGCUUCAACUGCAAUCUAUGUUUAUAUGUAUUCCUUUUAUUACUACUUUUUCAAGACAAAGAUGUAUGGUUUGUUUCAGACAUCUUUUUACUUUGGUUAUAUGGCAGUAUUUAGCACAGCCCUAGGAAUAAUGUGCGGAGCAAUUGGCUAUAUGGGAACAAGUGCCUUUGUUCGAAAAAUCUACACGAAUGUGAAAAUUGACUAAAAGAACUGAAAACUGGAACAGUUAACAUUUUAGGGUGUGGGGUGGGAAAAGAUUAUAUAACUUGCACACCAAAAAGCGCAGGAAAAAUUGUGUGCGUGGCACUGGGCACUCUGUGGGUCUCUUUCUUGUGGAUCAUUUAAAGCAACAUCCGUUUUCAUUGAUCCUAGGUUCUUACUGACUUUUUCCAAAUGUUCUCAGCAAAUGUGUGGAUUAUAUUCAGUAGGCAUUUCCACAGUACAUGCUUAUCUUCCCAAAAUUAGCUCAUAAAGAUGAAUAGACUAGCUCUCUUCAGUGAAGAGGACAAACUGUAUUUAACUAUUUGUUCCAUUCAGUUCUAAAGGAAAGUGAAACAGAUGGUUCUUAGAGGUUUCUAGUAAGUUAUUGGUACAAAAAAUAACUGUUCUGGAAAGAUUUCUUCCCUUCAACUUUAGUGUUAUUUGAUAGGGUGAAGAAACACGGGUGCUACCUGAAUAAUUUGCAAUGUUACCUAUUAUAAAAUAUACAUGCAUUUGGGUUUUUUUAAAAGUCAAAUAUUUGCAUGCAUUCUCAGUUUAAUAGGACCAAGUUUCCAUUUGUUCAUUACAAAAAGUAUAUUGAACUACAGUAUACCUGAAACCCAUCCAAAGAAACGUAACUAAUAAUAAAGGUGGAGUUUUCUGCACUGCAAUUUUUAAAUGUCAAGAAGCAAAAUAUAUGAAGAUGAAGCACUCUACACAUGGAGGUCUAGAUUUAAAACAAUGAAUGUCUACAGUGAUUCCUCCCUUCCUUCCUUCUUCCCUCCCCCCUCCUUCUCUUUCUUUCUUUUCACCAGCCCACCCCCAGUUUGGAAUGUUUACUUGAUGAUUUAAAAGGGUAACAAGUGUAUGAAACAUUAAAUGAUGUAACUUAGAUGUAGCUCCCAAGUGUAUUUGGAUGUACAGAUUUACUAAAGAAUACUUUUUUCCUGAUGAUUCAGUGUAUAAAUAUGUGAAUUUAGGUGGCUUUUUACAUCUUGCCUGCUCUUGCAUGAAAUGUUGAGGAUUUUCUUGCAGUACGUAUUUCAUGUUUUCUGUUUACUUAAGCUCUUUCAAAAGCAAAAAAAACCUUGUAAUUUAUAAGAGUUUGAUUUUGUUUAGUUCUCUCUGGACACUUUCAUAAUAUCUAAAGCAAUGUUGCUUUAAGUGUUCAGAAAGUUUCAAAUAAACUUUUCAGACAAACUUUUUGAUGGUGAAAAAUAGAUAUAUUUUAAAUUAAAAGAUGAUUAGUUCAUCACUCCUUGGAAAAACAAUUCUGAAAAAGUUCAUAUAUAUAUAUUCUUCAGAUACUAAACCCCAGGUUGCAUUGGGCUACUCCCUAAUGUGCUUUAUUCAACUAAAAAGAAUUUGCCUGGUCAAGGAGGAAGCGUUUUCCAUAAGUAUGCAGAAGUUGUAAGUGAAAAGCAAGAGCCAACAAAAUAAAGAGAAAACUUUCCCCAAAUUCCUGAAGAUUAAGCUGCAAUAAGGAUUUAGAAAUCCUUGUUUUUAAAGGAACUGAGGUAAACAUUUAGUAUGUAUCUUCAAGGCAAAGUUUGAAGCUAAAUAAUGCAGAUUAUUUCAAGCAACAAUUUCUUAUGAGGGGCAUUUGUUAAUCCUAAUUGGUUGCGUGUGCGUGUGGUAUUAAACUAUUUUCCUGAGAUGAGUUCACUUGAAGACUUUUCACAUUGGAAAAUAAUUGUGCAAGAGAAAUAAAUACAAUUUACAGUAAA